UUAUCAAAUUCCAGUUAAGAAGAUGGCUGGGAGAAGUCAGGCACCAGAUUCUUUGUGCUGCUCUAUUUGCCUGGAGCAGUUGAAGAACCCUGCGACUCUUCACUGCGGCCACAGCUACUGUAUGGACUGUGUAAACAACUACUGGGACGUGGAGGAUCAGAAGGGUGUUUGCAGCUGUCCGCAGUGCAGACACGCUUUCAGCUCAAGACCUGUACUGAACAAGAACACUGUGCUGGUUGAUUUGAUCGAGAAAAUUACUGACUCGGAGCCAGCCACUCCUCUAGGUGACAAGAAAACCAGCGUAAAAGACGUGGAGUGUGAUUUCUGCACUGUGAAGAAGCUGAAGGCUGUUAAAACCUGCUUGGUGUGUCUGGCCUCUUACUGUGCCAGUCAUGUUCAGCCUCACUAUGAGUCUGCAGCUUUCAAGAAGCACAAGCUGGUGGAGGUGUCAGCCUCCAUCCACGAGAAGAUCUGCUCUAAGCACGACAAGCUGCUUGAAGUGUACUGUCGCAGCGAUGAUGAAUGCAUCUGCCUGCUUUGCGUCAUGGAUGAGCACAAAGGUCACGACACUGUCUCAGCUGCAGCAGGCAGGAAAGAAAAACAAAAACUAUUUGGAGAGAAGAAAAAAAGAUACCAGCAAGGAAUUGGAGAAAAAGACAAGCAGUUGCGACAGCUGAGACAGAGAGAGAAAGCCUUGGAGUUUUCCAGAGAUGCAGCACUCGAUCAAAAUGAGAAGCUCUACGCUGAAAUUGUCUCGAUGGCAGAGAGUAGACGCUUGGCUGUGAAGGAGCUGAUCGUACACCAGGAGAAAGCAGCCUUUGGUCAAACCAAGGCACUCAUCGAUCGCCUUGAGAAGGAGGUUAACGAUCUGAGGAGGAAAGAGGAGGAACUGAAGAAGCUGUCUUCAACUGACGAUAACAUUUAUUUCUUGCAGCACUGCAAGCCUGUUUUUGACAGCAAAGAACUGGACACGAGGGCGAACUUCAACCUACAGCAACACCAACCCUUUGACUGUGUCACAAAGGCCAUGUCAGACUUGAAAGACAAAAUGGAAACUUUGGCAACAGCUGUGAAGGAAAUAUCGGAGACCAUUCAAACUGUUCCAGAUCCAAAGACAAGGCAGGAAUUGUGCAUGUAUUCCUGUAGCUUGAGUUUGGAUCCCAACACAGCUUUUGGGAACCUUCUGCUCUCUGAGGAAAACACCAAGGUUACUUGGACCAAGAAAGUGCAGAAGUACCCCUACCACCCGCAGAGAUUUACCAAAUACGAUCAAGUGUUGUGCUCUGAGGGUUUGUCUGGCGUUUGCUACUGGGAAGUUGAAUGGAAGGGGCCCAGAGCUGAGGUGGCCGUGUGCUACAAAGGGCCAAAUAUGGAAGAAAGCUGCUUCGGAUACAAUGACCAGUCCUGGAGUGUUUCCUUUUCAAACUCUGGAUGCACUUUUUGGCACAAUGAAAUCAAAACCAAAAUCCCCAACCCCUGUUCCUCCACAGUGGGAGUGUAUCUGAACCAUGAAGCUGGAAGCCUGUCCUUUUACAGCGUAUCUAGCUGUGGACAAUUGAUGCUUCUUCAUAAAGUUCAGACCACUUUCUCUCAGCCUUUGUACCCUGGUUUUAUGGUCUCCAGAGGUGCCUCGGUUAAGAUAAUCCAGUAGGAGCAAAAACAAUUAAAGAAUAGACUCCGCUGUUGAUUUAAAUUAGGUAGUCGCAACACUGAUAACAUAUAGAUAUAGUAAGUAUCUGACAUUCCACUGUAAACUGAAAUAAAUAGUGUUAUUUUUAGUCAAGCAGUUAUGAUUACUCUACUAUUGUGUGCCCUUUAUAUUACAGAGGCACAAAAGUGACAGGUGAAUUAGACACAUUUCCACCUAAACCCUAGUAUUUUUAGGAUGCAACGCAUACAUAAAGAACUUUAAGCUCAGAAUUUCCUUGCUUGCAAUUGCGCUGAAACUUGUAAAAGUUGUAUAAAAGAUGUGAACAAACAAGUAAA